AUAAUGAAUAAUGCUUUUGCUUACGCUGAAGCACUCUGCGAUAGUGUCGUUCGACUCGUCUUGCAGGGUUUUUCUGUUAUUGAACCGGUGAGUGCAUCGUUACAACAACAACAACAACAACAACAACUUUUGGAAAACACAAAGGGCUGAAGAUGUUUGUUGCCACUGUGUUACAUGUAGCAUCACAAGAGAAGAUUGCUGGAAAAUUUGCCAGAGAGGAAUGAACUAUACAACAUCUACAUUAUGGUCUCACCGGAAAUGAGAUGACAUUCAUAUCCAGCAUUUCCCUUUCUCUCUAAAGAAAUGGCAAGGAAAAAGUACCAUUUGGGCAUCAAUUGACCUUUAAUGACUGGCCGACUGCACGUGGAGAGAAUGGAAGCACGUGGUUUUAGAGGCAUCUAUUUUGUUGCAGUCUUUACCCUUUUACUGCUGUGUCCUUGUCACAAACCUAGGUUGAAAAAGCUUCUCGAGCAAAAAGGAAGAAGGAAGAGAUCUUUCCUAAUUUUAUUUCGGGGAGAAAGUCUGUUGUUUAUAUGGCUCCUAAGAGGGAUGCACGCCCGAUUCCUACAGGAUGGACUUUAGAAACUGAAGUGCAAAAGGAUGGAUCCAAAUUAUCGUUCUAUUAUUGUCCAGGUACUGGGCAGCACUUCUUUACCUAUUCUGAUCUCAUGCGCUAUGUGGAGUAUGCUAAGAACGCAGGGGUUGGCAUCUACUCACCAAGUUUUAAAUCACUUAAAAGGAAAAGGAGUAUCGAGAGUGAUAAAACUAAUACUAUCACUGCCACUGCCUCUGCCUCUACCGAAUCCAGGAAGACAUCAUCUGGCUUAUCAAUUGUGGUGAAAGCUUCAAUAACUGUUAACCAGAGUAUUGAUGCUAAAUCAUCAGUCUCAGUUGAAAUCACUGACAAGGAGAAAGAUCAGGAUUAUGUGUCGGAGUCAGAGGGUGAUGUCUCGGAUGAUUUCUCAUCCCAGUGAUACUGAGUUUCAAGUGAAUCAUUAUCAGAUCCUAAAUAAAGAAAUAGAUGACCUAGUAGCUGAUGAUUCAGCCAGAGGCUUUAUUUAAUAUACUCUAUUUUCCUUUGAUUUUGUUUUUCAAAUAAAAAGAAGGCCAUAACAGUGCUUAUAUAUACAUUCAUUUUCUGGGAUGGAUCUUUAUAUACAACAUGUCAUUUGUGUUUGUCGUUGACAUGUGACUUUCUAUCAUUGUGCUGAAUUGAAAUUGGCCAAGUGUUAGCCCGGCUUUCAGCAAUUUCUCUCAUUCUUGGAAAAGUGUUACAUAAAAGAAAGAAUGAAAUCAA